CUUCUUCUUCGGAAUUAGUGGAGAGACAUUUCCAGUAAACGCGAGCUUCCCAUAUCAGGAAGAGAGACUCUGAGGACGCAGUGAGUUCUAGCUUCGCUUUCACACACAAUGGGUCAAGAGGACUGAGCUGGAUUUUAGUUUUCGAAGGACCUAAGGCAAAUGAAUCGUCUCACCAUGGGAUUAAAAAGUCGAGUUGGCGUUCGGAACACUUUUGUCCUGCUGAUUUUAGGAAAUAUUGCGACUGUAAUAUCUCUUUAUGGCCAAAGUCUUGACUGUACCAACGACUUCGAGGAGUUUCUGUUUUGCAGCUUUGGAGGGGAAAACUGUACUGAAUACAAUAUGACUCUAAAGUGGGACAAGUGGUACGGGGAGAAGGGUUGCAUUUUCAGGCAGUGCCACGUUGGACAGUGUUGUUGCUCCGUCCAGAUGAAUUACUUUGUAAUAAACAAUAAGCAUACAGCAACAGUUUGGAAAAAUGGCAAAAGCAUAGAGACCAAAACCAUCAACGUCACAGACAGCAUAAAGCCAAAAACCCCAACAAUAAUUUCAGUUGAUGAAUCCAACGGGAACUAUCAAGUUAUGUGGUUGACAAACACGGACCAGGAGAGCAUUUUAACUAAGAGCCUGACUGCUGAAGUGACUUACUAUGAAAGAGGAUGCACAGAUAAGGUUUCUGUAAAGGUCAACCAAACUGCUGAUGGUGGAAGGAACUACUAUGAAAUUCAAGGCCGACUCUUGAACUCAAGCACAACUUAUGUGGUCAGUGUGAAAAGCUUCAUCGAUUGGAGCGGAAAAUACAGUGACAGUAGUAAUGAGUGGGAAUUUACAACCUCUGUGUCCUCAAGUACUCUGUUUUUGGCCAUCAUCUUCGGGCUCAGUGUGGCUGCAGUCCUCAUCAGUGGAGUUAUAUAUGGCUGUUAUGUAAAGAUCAAAAAUAAGUGGUUGGACAUAGUUGCCAAAUUUCCGAAUCCAAAACUUCUUGAUGUGCAUUCAAGCAAGCAAGAGGUCUUGAAGCCUGUGCGGCCCAUCAUCUCCUCUGUCUGUGUUGAGCCUUUCUCAGAUGACAGCAAACCGUGGUUAAAGGAUUCACUGAAGGACUUUAGCAGUGGCAGCAAUCAGCAAAGUAGUGGAAUCAGCACUGGCUCCUCUUAUCUCAGCUACGCUAACACAGAACCAGCUGACAUCAUAGCCGAAGUCCAGGAAGCCCUCAGGAAAACUUUCGCCAACAUCUGCCCAAUAUUACCUUUGACCACCAGCCUUCUUACAGACUCUAACAAAAACAGCGGUCUGCUGUGUGAUCCACACAGCCCCUGUGAUGUCAAAGCUGAAGACAUGAGCUCAGGAUCGUCUGCAUUUCUUAAUAUAACCUACUCCCUCCUCAUUCCCCACUGUCCUGCUCAGAUUAAGACGGACAUCACUGAUGUCCAGACACAGAAUGAAAUGCUCUGUGAGUCUGCAUACUGUCCUAGUGAGGGUGUCACUGUGAUCUCUUACCAAGAGGCACCAGCAUGUCCACUCAUCAGCUUAACUUCAGAGGUUUCGUCCUUGUUGCCCACAGACAUGUCAUAUCAGCCUUGUAAUGCAGAUUCUGGGGGAUUUUCAUACGCUGAAGACUCCGGUUCAUCCGCCUUCUCUAGUGGAAGGGAUACAGCUGCGUCGUGUGAUCCUGGUUCCAGAGUUAAAGCUGCAUGUGAGAUCUUGGAAAAUGAAAACCCUGAACAGGUCACUGUAUGUGAUGAAAAUCCCUGCUACAACUCCAUGCCUGCAGGCUCCCAGAGCUUUCCUCCAGUGGAUUGCGACUAUCAGCCGUUUCAAAAUCUAGUGGAGCAGCCGUGUAUUUUGCUUUCAGAGAAGAGGAGUGAUGAAAAAGAGGAACAUUUGGCCAAACAGCCACAAGAAGCCUUCAUAACGAUGCCUCAAACACUCUUAAACCCAGUUGUAGCGGGUCCCACUUCCAAUGGCCGGUGUCUGUCUGAGCUGCAGAGACCUUUUCUGUCCCUGAGCUCAGCUGACCAGUUCACACCAGUCAUCACAGACAGCGGGUAUCACUGUGUUUAGAGCUACAUUUUAUGCACUCAAAAUGUAUUUAUUUUUGUUUGAGUAUCAAACAUUUUUCGGCAAUGUAAAGCAUGAAAGGGAGUGGCGACACUGUGAAUGUUGUUCACAUCUUUUGCAUCACUCUGGUUUCCACUUGAUUGAACUUGAAAACAGUUGAAGACAAAGAGACCUCAACUCAAGGUCUUUUAAGAAGCUGUUCAUAAUCUCUCAGUCACACAUCAUGAUCUUUCUCGGCACAAUGAGUUUUCACUGUUGUCAUGUAAAUACACAAUUUAUGGUAUAGUUUA